GGCCCAAGCGCCGAGCCCCUUCCUCCCUCGGCCGCGGUGGGACCGGGCAGCUGCGCAGCCUCCGCCGCUCCCGGCCGUAGGGACCUCUCGGAGCAUGUCUGAGGAGAGCGACAUGGAGAAAGCCAUCAAGGAAACCUCCAUUUUAGAGGAAUACAAUAUCAAUUGGACUCAGAAGCUGGGAGCUGGAAUUAGUGGUCCAGUUAGAGUCUGUGUGAAGAAAUCUACCCAAGAACGGUUUGCACUGAAAAUUCUUUUUGAUCGUCCAAAAGCAAGAAAUGAGGUACGUCUGCACAUGAUGUGUGCCACACACUCAAAUAUAGUUCAAAUUAUUGAAGUGUUUGCUAACAGUGUACAGUUUCCUCAUGAGUCCAGCCCCAGGGCUCGACUCUUAAUUGUAAUGGAGAUGAUGGAAGGGGGAGAGCUAUUUCACAGAAUCAGCCAGCACCGGCACUUUACAGAGAAGCAAGCCAGCCAAGUAACAAAGCAGAUCGCUUUGGCUCUACAGCACUGUCACUUGUUGAACAUCGCGCAUAGAGACCUCAAGCCUGAAAACCUGCUCUUCAAGGAUAACUCUUUGGAUGCCCCAGUGAAGUUGUGUGACUUUGGAUUUGCCAAAAUUGACCAAGGUGACUUGAUGACACCCCAGUUCACUCCUUAUUAUGUAGCACCUCAGGUACUGGAGGCACAGAGAAGGCAUCAGAAGGAGAAAUCGGGCAUCAUACCUACCUCGCCGACACCCUAUACCUAUAACAAGAGCUGUGACUUGUGGUCCCUAGGGGUGAUUAUCUACGUGAUGUUGUGUGGAUACCCUCCUUUUUACUCCAAACACCACAGUCGGACUAUCCCAAAGGAUAUGCGGAGAAAGAUCAUGACAGGCAGUUUUGAGUUCCCAGAGGAAGAGUGGAGCCAGAUCUCAGAGAUGGCCAAAGAUGUUGUGAGGAAGCUCUUGAAGGUCAAACCAGAGGAAAGACUCACCAUCGAGGGAGUGUUGGACCACCCCUGGCUCAACUCGACUGAGGCUCUGGAUAAUGUGCUACCCUCUGCUCAGCUGAUGAUGGAUAAGGCGGUGGUUGCAGGAAUCCAGCAGGCUCACGCGGAACAGUUGGCCAACAUGCGAAUCCAGGAUCUGAAAGUCAGCCUCAAACCCCUGCACUCUGUGAACAACCCCAUUCUGAGGAAGAGGAAAUUACUCGGCACCAAGCCAAAGGACUGUGUUUAUAUCCAUGACCGUGAGAAUGGAGCCGAGGAUUCAAAUGUUGCCUUGGAAAAGCUCCGAGAUGUGAUUGCUCAGUGUAUUCUCCCCCAGGCUGGUAAAGGAGAGAAUGAAGAUGAAAAGCUGAAUGAAGUAAUGCAGGAGGCUUGGAAGUAUAACCGGGAAUGCAAACUCCUACGAGAUACUCUGCAAAGCUUCAGCUGGAAUGGUCGUGGAUUCACAGAUAAAGUAGAUCGACUAAAACUGGCAGAAAUUGUGAAGCAAGUGAUAGAGGAGCAAACCACGUCCCAUGAAUCUCAAUAAUGACAGCUUCAGAUGUUGUUUUUUAACAAUUUGAAAAUUUAUUCUUUAAUGUAUAAAGUAAUUUUUAUGUAAAUUAAUAAAUCAUAAUUUCCUUUUCACAUUGCUUAAAGAUGCGAUAUAGAUUUAGAUAAAGGAUUCACUAAUAGUGUAGUUCAUUGAUUUGUUUUAAGAAAAGCUCAGUUCUUAGAGAUAUACUAUGACUUUAGGACUCUUUAGUCAUAUGGUUGUAAGGAGACAGAUGGUGUUGUGAAGCAAGAUCAUUUUCUUUGUAGUAGAGUAUACAAAAACCAUUUGCCAGCAGUAGACAAAGGACCAACUAUACUAACCUUUUUGCUUAGUAAACAGUUGAAUCAAGUACCCUGGAAUCUGGUUUCAAUUGCCCUGUGUAUUUAUUUUCUUUACUAUCUGUAGAUUAGCUCUGGUGCCAAGACAUUUUUAUGGAUCCAUGUUGCAGACUGCCUGCUAGAACUCACAGGAUGCCAACUCCCACGAUGGAAGAGGCAGGGAACUGAGCCCUCAUUUCUCUUGUCCCUAAUUCCCUAGAGAAAAGUGAUAACGUUUGUUUUUUUGUCAUAUUUGUUAAAAGCUCUUGGAGUGUCUCUUAACUCUAAUGGGAUUAUCUUUUGAGUUUCUUCUUCUCAUGUUUAACCAGAGCUUCAGUUUACCCUCACCUAAGGUCCUACUUUGUCUUCUCGCCUCCCCCACAGCCCUCACCAGCUCCACGACUUCUUAUUUCCUUUCCCAUUCUUUCAGCCUCCUUUAUGGGAUGAUUUUUCUGAGAAAGUUACAUAUCAUAAAAACUCGACUAUUGGGUUAGCAUCCAAAAUGGUCCAGUUUUUUUCUCUUAAAGCUGUUCUUUUUCUCUGUAAUGUUUCUGCCUGGGUUUCAUAUUGGCAUUCUUUGGGCUGCAUUUAUUUUGUUCAGUACCCUUUAUUUUCAGGAAGCAUGGUUCUGGCCCAGAGAUCAGCUGUUUGAAUAGAAAACAAAGCUAGAUGCUUUUAUAGUUUUCUGUUGUCCAUAUGGGCUUCCAUAACACACCAUUUUUAUUUACUUAUUUUUUGAGCUGUUUGUGGUGGGUACCUGUGUUGGUGAAUAGAAUAUCUCAUAGGCAAAAUCCCAUUCACAGAGCAGAGGAAGAAGGUCAGCAGGCUCCGUUAUUUCAGUUUUAUCCCGUCACAUUCUCUUUAAUCAGAAUCCAUCCCACGGAGCUCACUUACUUUUAACUCUUCCACUUUGCUGAGUAUGUCUUCAGGGUUACAUUUGGUUAGUAUGCUCAUAUGUAUGUGACUGACUGUCAGAAUAUAGGAUAAAAACGCAAAGUAUCUUUUAAGAAUUACCUUAUUACACUUGUUCCCUUUUAUCUUGGAGAAUUUGUAAUCAAGGUAUUUUGUGAGGUAAGGUUUACUAAUCUUAGGUGACUGAUAAUGUUAUAAAUAGAUACCCUGUAAGCAGAAUUUAGGACUUUUAAAGGUAGCAAAAUGUAAGAGUUAGGCAGCAGAGAAAAAACGUUUUCUUAUUUACUGACCGGAAAACUUAGCUGAGAGUUGAAUUAAAUUAUUCUGUUUUCCAGUGAAAUGCAGUCUUACAAAUCACUUCUUGCAAUCAGGGAAAACUCUGCACUUGUUUCCAGAACUACUGACAUUCAUUUUUCUUAGGGCAGAGGUUUCAGUAUUCGCUAGGGAGAGGAAGGCAGUAAUUAACUUUCUUACUCUUCUUUUUCUUCAGAGGAACCUUCUAGCAUGCCCAGUCUACCAUUAACUUCUCAGAUUUGUUAUCUGGGUGUCUUGUAAAGCCUCAGGACGAUCUUUUUCCUUCAGUGUGUGGUGAAUUUUAGGCCUGAUCUAAAAGGGUCUCCAAAUGAUGCUGCUUUUUCCUCUGAGCAGCACUUGCCUUUGUUUCAGUCACUUCAGGAUGAAUUAAUCUGGCCCCCAAAAUGAGAGCUGUGUCCAGACAUGUCCAGACAAGCACCAUGCUGGAAGUCUGCGAAGACCCGGGAGGAUGCUGUAGCCAUUAGAACUCCAGAGUGGUCCUACUCUGGACAGAGCUCCUUGACAAAACAGUGGCUCCCAAAGGACUUCAGAGUGGAGUUUUGUUUGUGGUCUUUGUUUGUUCUUCAAAGUGGGGUUUUGUUUGUGGAGUUUGUUUGUAGGCCAGGAGCAAAUUCUGCUUUAACAUACCAGUCAGGUUUACUAAGAAAGCAAAGUUUGCACAUAACUGGAAGUAAAACAAAACCGUUCCUGUGUCUCUGGCCUGUGUCUCUAACACCUAUCCUUGUGGAAAGUUCACAGUGUAAGGACAGUUCUUGUAUGCAGCAGGUUAGUUUCCAGUGUACCCAUGUGAUUUGCUAACCCUCUGCUUACUAAAACCAUUAUUUAUCACUCAGAUACCUUUAGACUUUACCGUACUUAAAAGUCUGCUUGAUGUAAAACAACUUGUGUAUCUUUCUGACUAAUACAUUGUAUAAGCAUAGGAGAAUACCUGUCAGAAAUUUGUUGUUUUAAACAUGCAGGAGGAACUGCUUUUUAAAAAGUUUUGUUCUUUUAUUCGAGAAAGAACAAGUUGAAGGAGUUAUUGGUUAAAGAAGGCAAAUGAUUUAAAUCAGAUCUUGUGUGUGAAUGCUUGUGUGUGUGUGUAUUUAUUGAAGAAAAUGUGUUUCAAUUUGAGAACUGGAAAAUUGGAUAUUUAAUUUUAAUUAUAUUUUUAUUUAUUUAAAAA